UGUUCAGUUCCCUGAGCACAGGGCUGCAGAGGCAGUGGGGAAGCCCCAGGACAUUGAGCCUGGCUCCAGCAUGGAAAUCUGGAAAGCUCCAGAUUGCCAGGGGGAGCCUGAAAAGGGUACCUUGGAAUGCAGGGGAAAGGGGCUUCUGUCCAGCUGUUCCCCACAUCUUUCUGUUUCUGUCCCUCUGUAGGUCCAAGGCAUUGUUCCAGAGCUCACAUUGCUGUGCUGCUUGUUGUCCUGGUUCUGGCUGUGCUGGCCCUAGCACUGUCUUGGACACUGCCAGGUGGUCCACCUGCAAACAACCAACAGGACUCAACAACAACCAUCCCUGAGGAGGCAAUAGGCUGUCCCUCACCAUGGAAAAAACAUGGGAGAAAAUGCUACUUCUUUUCUCCAGAGGGGAAAGGGAAGGACUGGAAAUCGUGCCGUGACAACUGCACUGCCAUGGGCUCAGACCUGGUGAUCAUUGAGAGCAGGGAAGAGCUGGAUUACCUUCACUCACAAUCACAACAUGCAUACUACUUACUUGGUCUCAUAUACUCUCCAGAGGAGAAGAAGUGGAAGUGGAUCAACAACGUGGAACAUGACCCAGCCAUGUUCGAUACAGGCAGACAUUAUAGCGACUAUCACUGCACGGCCAUUGGAUACGGUCAAGUAGGAACUGUACCUUGUUAUGGAUCCGAUACAACACAAAACUUAUGUGAAAAAGCUGCAACAGUGUCAAAAAGGCAUCAGAAGGAGAGUUGAAAAGAAGAGGUCCAGGCUGAUAUGUUAUCCCCAGCUUCCUGUAGGAAGGGUGGAUGGGAUGUGUCUCAUUUCUCUUUAGCUGCCCAAUCUCUGCUGCCAGGGACUCCUGCAGCCUCCCUCCAGACUCAUGGCCCAGCUGAGCCCAGCCUUUCCCUGAUGGUGUCUGAGCCUGGCUGCAUCCCCUCUGCAAGAGCUGGCUCUGGCACACAGGACGAGUCAGGGACUGUCUCAUGCCAGAGGUGGCACUUCCAGGCAGGCAGAGGCAGGGGAGAGGAGUCCAGGCUGGGGCCAGGGGUGAUCCCAAAGAGAUCCUGACUCUGCAAGUCACAUCCAUGCACAGCCCUGUGUUCCCAGCCCUGCCUGUGCCCAAGGAGUCCCUUCCCCACCUGGUCAGAGCCUGGCCUUGCCUGCAGCCACAAGGGAAGGGCAGCACAGAUUUCUGGUUGGGAUCUGGUGGGGAAGGGCAACCCCAGU